CAGAAGCAAGUGCGAGUAAGAAGGAUGAGGAAUUGUCAAUGUUCGCCCGCGCAACUGGGAGGUACCAACAGCCGACCUCGCUGAUUGAUACAUAUCGCGCGUGUGUAUUAUAUUUUGACAAUUGUAAUACUAUUUGAAUCGUGAAUACAGAGGAAUAAUACUACCGAGGAUACGACGACAAGAAGGUGUGAGAAAGAGACACGAGGGAUAGACGGAUAACGUUGGAACUGUGCAAAGAGGGAGACGGAAGAGCGAGUCGAAUGUGGGCUGCCCAAUUGAUUACGAGUAAUUGUUUAUUGAUUUUCUCGAUACAUUCUCUAUUCUCGAGACUCAUUACUUACUCGUAAACAAGCGCCCGCCAGCUCGUAAAUAGUAAUCAGGAAGCGCUUUGAACAUUAUGAGAUUGCAUGUGGAUGACAUUGUAUAAGGGAUCUCUUUAAGGAAAAAUAAAAUAAGCAAAAUGACGUUGAAUACAGAUAUUUCAACAGCUCUCCAUUUAUUGGAGCAUGUGCAUAAACGAGUAGAAGACUGUGAUGAUCCAAAGUUACAGCUUCACACAAGUCAAGAUCUCCAAUCAUUGAUCUCAUUAUUGGAGGAUCCAGUGUUCCGUAGUAUUGUUACAAUGCAAGAUUCACUUGCGGAACUGAAUACGCAGCUUACUCAGCAUCCUUCCAUUUUGCCUGGAGAUUUUGACAUUCACCUUGGUGGUCAGCUUGAACUAAUAGUUCCUAAUACACCUGUCCAACCUAUUGGGCAGGCUAUGUAUCAGAAUUUGUAUCAUGAUACCAGUGAAAUCGAUGAUCAAAGAGUUCCAGUAGCUCCAUUGUUGCAUAGUAGUAAUGAGGAUACUAGUGCACAGGUAACAAGUCCUAGUUUAAAUUCAGAAGUAAUGGGAAUUCCCCCAAUAAUGAAUACCACUUAUGCAAAGGAGUUCCAGAAAGUUAUUGACACAGCAGCUCGAGGACGUCAAAUUUUUACUGUUCAGCUUUUCAAAUCAGAAGGAACAAGUCUUGGCUUUAGUGUUGUUGGUUUACGUAGUAAAGACCGCGGCGAAUUAGGAAUUUUUCUGCAAGAAAUUCAACCUAAUGGAAUUGCUGGAAGCGAUGGUCGAUUGGUCGAGGGUGACCAGAUACUGGCUAUUGAUGGGCAGCCCUUGGAUUCCAAUAUCUCCCAUGAGCAGGCGAUAUCCAUUCUACAGAAGGCACGAGGUCUAGUCGAGCUGAUCGUUGCCAGAAGCGCCCAAGACGUUGGGAGUUCUCUAGCGACGGAUGAGUUGUCCGGGGUACAAGGUGCAAGUGCAGCGGGAGGCGGAGGUGCAGCAACAGGAGUAUCGUCUAUCCCAGCGACGAGCAGUCCCGAAAAGGAGCAAUCGGUCUCGGUAUCUACCUCGAUCAAAUCAUCGGCGGCAGCACCAAGCCAAACGGCCGCAGCGCCAGCCACUUCGGCAACAGCGACAAGCGCCGCGGCGACACAACCUCAAGCAACCACCACCAACACCGUUACCGCCACUGCCGCCGCCGGCGUCAUCGAGAGGAGCAACUCAGCUGUUAGCGACGCCUCUAAGGGUGGUGACAUGGUGCUGAACACCGAAUGGGCGCAAGUAGAAGUAAUCAACCUGAUCAAUGAUGGCAGUGGCUUGGGCUUCGGGAUCAUCGGCGGACGAAGUACCGGCGUGGUCGUUAAAACAAUUCUUCCCGGCGGAGUGGCCGAUCGCGACAAUCGACUACAGAGCGGAGAUCACAUACUGCAAAUCGGCGAUGUCAACUUACGGGGAAUGGGAAGCGAGCAGGUGGCCGCGGUGCUGCGUCAAUCCGGCACUCAUGUGCGUCUCGUCGUUGCUCGCCCAGUCGAACCCACAUCGCCCGACUAUCAAAGUACUGUGCGGGACAAACAUGGAGCGCUUGGCAGCCACGCUCCCAUUGUGCCGACAAAAGUCCUUGGCGACCCCGAGGAACUCGACCGAUACCUGCUGCGUAGUGGCGCUGACGCCUACAAUCAGAGACGCGAGCAGGGUGACUUUGGCGAAUUGGACACACAUGGUCGCUCGAGUCUCAUCAUCGGUGCGCCAGGUGCGUUACCAAUCGGCGAGCUUCCUGUCAUCUCGAUGGAGCCGAUCGACGUCAACGCUUUGCCCGAAAUGGAGAAGUUCACUGUUGAGCUCAAAAAAGACAGUUGCGGUCUUGGCAUCACCAUCGCCGGAUACGUUUGCGAGAAGGAGGAACUAUCGGGUAUCUUCGUAAAGAGUAUAAGCGAGGGAAGCGCCGCCGAUUUGAGCAAGCAAAUCCAGAUAAACGACCGAAUCGUCGCAGUGAAUGGUCACUCUUUGCAAGGCUACUCGAACCAUGAGGCCGUGGAAGUGCUAAGAAGUACUGGCUUGACUGUCACUUUGUGUUUAGAAAGGUAUCUACGUGGACCCAAGUAUGAACAGCUGCAGCAAGCUAUCGCCGCCAGUGAACUGAGACCUCCACCGCCUGGCUCACCUUCCAUUGCUAGCCUUCCAACAUUCCCUAUAAGCGCUGACGGAGAUACGACUGAAAUUGAGCCGGAAGGUGAAUCGCAUACGACGGUUGACAGCGCGGUUCUGCAAGAGAUUGAUCGCGACGUUUUAAUGGAUAUUUUGGAUGAGGUCAGUAACGUUGAAGCACUUCUUAGCGAUCCUUCUACUGAACUGACACCCAAGAUCGAAACUGCCAUUAAAGCCCAAUGGCAAAAGAUUGUCGGGCCAGACAUGGAGAUAGUGGUGGCUCAACUCAAGAAAUUUGCCGAAGGUAGUGGUCUUGGAAUCAGUUUAGAGGGAACAGUCGAUGUGGAAAAUGGCCAAGAGGUACGACCACAUCAUUACAUUCGAUCAAUCUUGCCUGAAGGACCAGUCGGACAAAAUGGUAUUUUGAGAUCAGGAGAUGAACUUUUAGAGGUUAACGGUUAUCGUUUACUGGGUAUUAAUCACAUGGAAGUGGUUAGCGUAUUAAAAGAACUGCCAAUCCACGUUCGAAUGAUUUGUGGAAGAAAUAUCGCUGCUCAAGAUCCACUCUGCCCAAUCGAUACUGCCCAGCAUCAAGCAGCCUUCCAAACAAGAAGUAUACUCGGCGGCUCUUUGCAAAAUUUAUUACCAUCGUCAGAUCGUUUGGUUAAAGCAAAAUCAGACGGAUCGUUAGCUUCUACCACAACGACCGCCACAGUAACUGAUGCUAGUCUAAACAAAAUGAAAUCUCGCUCUUUAGAACCUCUAACAGGACUAGCAAUGUGGAGCUCCGAGCCACAAAUCAUCGAACUAGUUAAAGGAGAGAGAGGCCUUGGGUUCUCCAUUUUGGAUUAUCAGGAUCCAAUGAACCCCAACGAGACUGUGAUAGUAAUAAGAUCCUUAGUGCCGGGCGGUGUUGCCCAGGUCGACGGUCAACUUAUUCCUGGUGAUCGACUACUCUUUGUGAACGACAUCGCCCUCGAGAAUGCAACUCUGGACCAGGCGGUACAGGCACUGAAAGGUGCACCCAAAGGCAUCGUGCGCAUUGGUGUGGCGAAGCCGCUACCCAUUCCUGAUAGCAUUGCACAGCGUUUGGCUCCGAUAGGCAUAGUCAGGCGUAGCAAGAGUCUACCGGACAGCGAUGCCACUGACCACGGCGCAGCUGAGCUUCUCGAUUUUCUCUCGUCAAGAUCAGGAGCAAGCGACGCAGCAGCAUCGGCCGCAGUCGAGGAGGAUGGACAAUCGGACGGUACCCUCAUCGACGACAAGGCCAAAUUGGAGUUGCCACUCGCGAUCACUACCGCCAGUAGCAGCGACAACGUGCUGCUCGGCCUCGAGGAACUACUGCCGAGGACCAAACGGAAAGACGACCUCGAGUUUGAACCGCACUCGCCGCUCAUCAAACUCACGCCCUUUCCCGAGGAGCAGAGACGCGCCAUGGUCAGGGAAGAUCCGCUCACGGCCAUUGACGAGGACGUUCUUACUCCGGCCCGGCCUUACUCCGACGCGGCUCGGUUACCCGAUGCAGCAGAAGCGGAAUCGACGAGGCCGAGGCGCCGGAAGAGCACGCCGACCGAGCAGCACGAGCAACCGCCGAGCAAGGUGAGCUCGUCGUCGCGGAAGCGAUCGCUCGGCGCUGUCGAGGAGUCGAGGCGCAGCGAGCUCCGGCGCCAGGAGAGCAUCGAUCGCGUUGCCAGGUAUCUCGAGUCCGAGGAGGCGCGUCAAUUCACCGCUGCCGAAGAUCGAUUGCUCGAGGAAGCUGCUGCCACCGAGCUAGAUUUCGUUGAGUUUUCACCGACGACACCAUCACCACCACCACCACCACCGCCACCACCACCAGUUGUGCUUCUCGUGUCCGACGAAGCCGUUGAUAAAAGGAGGCCCUCGUUGAGGAGAAGGCGCGAGGAUGCCGCCGAAUCUGUUUUCAAGGACGGACAGGACCGCUCUCCGGUGGAAACGGUCAAGAAAACGGUGCGCAUCUGCUCGGUCGAAGAGGAAAUCCAGAUAGAGAGCUUCGACUCGGUCGACGCGGACGAGUCAGCAUUUUAUCCGGGAAUCCAGGAGGUGCAGCUUGUCACGGCGAAAAUUCUCACUGCUGAGGAGUUAGCUGAGAGCAUUUCUAAGAGAGAUAUGCCUGACAAAAGCCUAUCGAUGGAAAGAAAAGAAGAAGAGGAAGACGAAUCGCCGGGCAUAACGAGACUGGCGAUCGAACGGCUGACGGCUGAAGCUCGCCUACAGCCCGCAACGAUCAAGCCAAGCGCAUCGGAGAACGCGUUGAGCGGGCGUGCAAUUGACGAUAAAAUCUCCGAGAAGAACAUUAAGCCGGAGAUUUUAAUGGAUCUAUCACGUGUGAGCGACGAGUUGGAGGAGCAACAGCGUCAACAAAGACUUCUUACUGAUACCGGUGGCAAGCGCAGACUCAGUCGCGUGAGCAGUGACAGUGCUUGCCCACCACCCCUGCCCUCUUCGCAAGUCAAGUUCCGACUUGGGGGCCAAACCUUCUCCGACGAGGAGCCACCUUCAUCCAGACACUCCGAGACGGACUUAGUGAGUGUCGGACUCGACGACAGGAUUGUCACGACUCUAGUGUACGACAGUCGGACGCUCGUUAGUACCCGCGAGAGAUUCGACGCUGGUGAGAGUAUUCGGAGAGAGGAGGCUGACAAGCUUGUGCUUACAGGUGCCGAGAAAAGGUGGACGAGCUACGAAGACGUCUGCGUCGUUGUUGGCUCGACUUGGCCGAAACUCCGUCGUAAAUGGUGUAGCGACAGUUCGCCAUUCGCGGAGGGUCGUUCGCGACAGCGUCAGCGACAACGUCGAGUCGUCGAUCGCAAAGAGGAGCCGCCGCCUCCUGCAGUAGUCCACAAGGCAGUAUCACCAUCAGUUGACGAUGACCGGGACAGAAAGAGAGCAGCAGUAGCGGCAACGAGUGGCCACCUGAUCAGCUGCGAACACUCGCUCACAUAUCAACAGCAGACCCUCGAGAGCUCAGUCUCCCUCGAGGACCUACUUGGUACAGAGGUCGAAGUGAGUCCAGCACCAGAGCUCGAAGUAGAGAGCCUCGAGUACUCAUCGAGUCAGAGUCUGCUCAGCGCCUCGUACAAAUCCUACGAGAGUCCAAAGCGCGAAAUCGAGACUCAAACCGAAGGCGAGAACAAGUCAACGCAGUACGAAGUUGAAGAUCUCGCCUCGUACAUCGACGAGCGUUAUGAUUCCCGGGAAGAGCUCGAAAUUUUGAUCGAGGCUCGUUUCGCAAGUCCGAAGCGCGAGGCCGAAGUGCAAACCGAACAAGAGUGCAAAGCCGUGCAGUGCCGUGACGAGGAGUUCGACGAGUUCGCCUCGCUAUUUCGUAGACAGGCGUCGUUUGGCAGUCCGCGACGCGACGUUCAAGUUCAAACUGGCCAGGAUAGCAAGCAGACGCAGUGCUACUAUCGCGAGUUCGGAGACGAAGAACUCGUGAGUUGGCAGGAGCCGCCAUUACCAGCGAGGAUCCCAGCUGAGCAAAAAGUCGUCGAAUGUUCGUCAUCACGCGAGAGCUCGUCACCGGGUAGCUCAUCGCCAAAGCACUUGGGUCCUCCACUGAUAGUGCUGGUGAAAGGAGGAGCCAGACCAGACAUGACGGUGACACAUCGCGACAAGGACGGCAACGUCGUCUGGGCAAAGCAUUGGGGCCCCGAAAGACUCGUGGAAAUCUAUCGCGAGCAUCAAACUAGCCUUGGUCUUAGUAUCGUUGGUGGCAAGGUUGACUUACAAGACAGCAGCUCCACCGAUGCUCAAAAUGUGUCUGGAAUUUUCAUUAAGAAUGUGAUACCUAACAGCCCAGCCGGCAGAGCAGGUGGUCUACAGACUGGCGACAGGAUAAUCGAGGUGGAUGGCGAAGACCUACGAAACAGUACGCAUGAACGAGCCGUCAAGGCGAUCCAAGCUGCUGGUAAUCCUGUCCGCCUACUAGUUCAGUCUCUCGUGCACUUGAGUCCCGACGAGGCUCCUACGCAGGACAGAGAUGCCAGUAGGCGGCAAAGCACGAGGAACCGCAUGCCCGGCUCGCCCACCCGACAUAGGUCGCCGGAAGUGAUUCAGGAAGGCCGAUCAGACUUGAAAAGACAAGGAACUGGGGAUGGAGCUGGACCUAGUGGCAAAAGAUCAUCGAUGAAGAAGUCGAUACGCAAGAAGGCCCCAUCACCACCAGGUGGCAGUGGCACACUGCGCGAUGUCAACGAGGAGCGUGGCAGUGACAAGACCAAAUCAAAGCCGACGGCUGCAGCAACGGAGGCGCCUAAAAACAAGUAUUCGUCAGGUGAAAGCUCCGAGGAGGAGGAAGACACUCGAGACCUCGAGGGAAACAUCUUCACUAAGACGGGCAUAGAGAUUUCAAGAAGAAGCGCUGCCAAUGUGAAACGCUCGAAAGCUGAAAUAGAUGCAGACCCGGAGCAGGAAGAUGAAUUCGGCUACACAACUAACAAAGUCAAGAAAAAGUAUCACUAUUUAAAACAGCCAGUGCAUAUAGUAAAAAUCGAUAGGGAUCGCAAGGGACUAGGUAUUUCAUUGGCCGGUCAUAAAGAUAGAAAUAAAAUGGCUGUCUACGUUUGUGGUCUGAAUCCCCAGGGUAAUGCCGCUAAAACGGGGCAACUGCAAUAUGGAGAUGAAUUACUGGAGGUGAACGGUCAUGUGUUUCAAGGAAGAUGCCACUUGAAUGCUUCGUCGAUGAUCAAGGGAUUAGCAGCGGCUACCUACACGAUUGUUUUCGUUAGAAACCCGAUGGGAGCUGAUUACUGUGCUGUCAGGCCGGUUGCACAGUUUCCAACAGCUUUAGCCGGCGAAGACUACAGUAUGUACAAAGGCGUUCAUACUGUUCCAAUAAAGAAGGGUACGUACGGCUUGGGAAUAAUGAUAAUCGAGGGAAAGCAUGCAGAAGUCGGACAAGGGAUCUUUGUUUCCGACGUACAAGAAGGAGGCGCCGCCGAACAGGCAGGUUUAAAUGUUGGAGAUAUGAUUCUAGCAGUCAAUGCAGAUACUGUUAUGGGAGCAACAUAUGACGAGGCCACUGCUCUUUUGAAAAAUGCCGAAGGUAUUGUGACGCUGACGGUGUGUAAUCCAAAUCAGAAAAAAGUUGCCGAAGAUGAAGCAAAGAGAGCAAGAGGAGAAGUUGUGGAGGAUAAGCCUGUGAAAGAAGAGAAGAAAAAAGAACCUGAUGCCCCUCAUGAUCCCAAAACUAGUCCUCCUAAAGAAAACAAAGAUACGGUCAUCGAAUUCCCCAAGGAAAAGGAUAAACCAAUUGGUUUCUCAGUCGUCGGUGGAACAGAUACUCCAUCUAAUGCCGUAUUUAUUCUCGACGUAUUCCCCGACGGAGCAUGUGGCAAAGAUGGUCGACUGCAACCUGGUGAUCGUAUUGUUGAAAUAAAUAAAGUAUCGUUUAAAGCCAUCGAUUCCGAACAAGCGUACCAGACAGUUCUCAGAAUUACCCAGGGACCUAUAAUAAUGACAGUUCAUCGCGGACCUUUGGCAUUCGAAGAGUUUGAGGUCGAGCUUACGAAAAAAGCAGGCAAAGGAUCCGGUCUUUGUUUGAUCGGCUACAAGAGCGGCAAAGGCGCUUACGUAUCCGAAGUGGUGCCAGGUGGCAGUGCCGCGGAAAGUCAGAAAAUCGUGAAAGGCGACAGAAUCGUUUCGGUUGGCGGGCAAGAUUUGCGCGACGCACCAGUCGAGGAUAUUGCACUUCACGUGAAAGUCUUCAAUCCGGUGCAGCUGAAACUGUCCAGAUACAGAUACUCCAAGUGACAGGGUUCUGCAGGCGGGACUCUGAAGCAACAUCGUAACCAAUACGUGACUGCAUCAGCUGCUUAAAGCUGAUUUGAAGGAUUCUAGUGUGAUAUGAACUAACAUAAUGUAGUCUACUACUGAGAAAUGAAACCAAAGAUAUAAAAAAUGACAAAAAAAUGAAUAGACAUUAAGAGUAGGAGAGAAUGAGUGUGAAAAAAUUUAAUUGUGUCGGGAUAAUUGAUUUUAGUCUUUAUUGGCCGUUAAAAUUAUUUAAAUUAAUUUCGGCAGUGAAAUAUAUGGUCGUUUACAGUUAAUUUAUUAGACAGGGAAAAAGAAAAAAUAUAGUUUGCUCAAUUUAUCUGUACUGAUACAAAUUUAUAAAGCUGUAAAUUGAACAGGAUCAGAAAUUUUUAAAAAAUAUAUUGCAAAUUCUCUUAUAAAUGUACCAAAAAUAACGAAAUGUGAAUAGAUCCUUGAGGAUACUUUAAAAAACUUUUCCGAACCAUAUGCUAAAUAAUAUAAUGCAAGACAACAAUUACGUAAUUUUAUGGAACCAAAAUCAUGAACAUGACAAUUCACUGAUGUAGUGACACUACUUUUGGUCUGUACGUAUUUUGGCAAUAGAAAAUUAGGAAAUUGAUGAUUCGCAUUUUUGUGCAUAUUAUUUUUUCUUUCGCUUGAUUUUAUAGUGUGAAUUAUAAGAGAAAGUGCGCUUAGACUUUAAAUUUACAACUAUUUUGGAGAUAUUUGUAAACUUCUAUGAUAUACUUGUUUUUACGACUGUUAUAUCAGAUAUAAGCAAAAGAUACAUACAUUUAUUGCUUUGUGAUCCAAUUGUAAUUUGACAAGUGUAUGAAUUACAUUUUACGACGUGAUCUUCUACACAAAAUUGCACUAUAUAAAUUCUUGCAUUUGAAAAUACACACGUACAUAUAUAUACAUAUAUAUACACAUUCCUUCAAAAAGUUACACUGAGAAUGACCUUUCAUUUACAUUAUGAAACCAAAUUAAUACUUUAUACAAUAUACAAGUUUUAUCUAUUCUAGGAUUAGUUCUGAGUUUUCAAAGGGACCAAAUGAGUUUUGAUUUUUUUUUAAUAAUGUACUUAGAUUAAAUAAUAUUUUAAUUUUGAAUUUAAUUUUAAUGUUUAACAACUACUGUUAUUUUCAUUUUAGUUUUAAUGUGUAUUCUCAGCGUAAUAACACAAAAAACACCUUUACAGCUAUAUCCAAUCAAAAAUUAGAAUUAAAUCUUUUAAUCACACCUUGCUUAAGUAUUUCAAACAUACAUCUCAUGUAUAACAUCCUUGUUAAAUGCCUAUAAUUCAUAUUAAGAUUUGUUCUCUAAUUUGUGUAAUAACUCAAACCAAUUAACUGGCUAUAAUUUUAUUAUAGAGACUAGACUAUAUGCACUAUAAUUUUAUUAUAAAGAAGCAAAUCGUAUGAAUCUUUUUUAUAGUUCCUUACAUACUGCCGUUCCAUCAAUAUAAUAGUAUUUAUAUUGCUAUACUUUGAUAAAACUUCAGUUAAUUUUAUUUUUUGCUUGUUUUGAUUAUUGCUACAAUGAACAUUUACUAUUCAAAAUAUAUUUUGUAAAGAUUUAUUAUCAACUGUGAGGGUGUUUGAAAUUGCUUUUGAUUAAACUUGAAAAUCUUAGAUAAGAUUAUGAAAAUUGUGAAUAUUGUAAAAUUGCUUUUAAAAAUCUUAAGAUACAUUAUUUGAAAAUAAUAAAUAAAUUCAUAGAUAUCCAAAAAAUUAGUUACAAAGCUAUUUGUAUAGAUAAAGUCUUUUAUAUAUGACUUCGGAAUUGUACAUAAUGUAAUUUUCUGUAUCAACAUAUAAGUAGGAAUUAUCAAAAUGGUAAUUAAGAGUAUCCAAAAAGAAUCUCUGAAUGGAGAAGUAACAGAUGUGAGUUUUUGAUGCUAAAUAUUACGAGACAUUUUGUAGAUGCCAAAAAAAUGUAAGCUUAAUACAGACAAAUCUCGCAGUUUGUAUGAUAUUUUUAUUUCCUGCAAAAGAGAUUGCAAUGGACAUUACGCAAUCCUUUACAGUUCUUUUAGUAUCAUCGUAUAAUCUCAAACAUAUUUAUCAAUAUUGUAAAAUUGAAACAUAUUUGCAGCUUCAAGAGCAAAGCGAAUAAUAAGCAACAUUACAAUACAAACAGCCUAAAUAUGAACUCAUAAUAAAGCAAAAGAAAUGCUACUUGAAUAUCGAACGACUUUGAAAUAUAAGAUAAAGACAUUGAUGAACACCCAUUCAAAAAAUCAAUGCAUUCUACUAAAAUAGCCUACGUUAUCUGAACUGUAUACAUGAAAAAGACUAGUAAUAAGUUCAUAAGAAAAAAAUAACGUAGGUGCGAAACGGUUUAUCAAUGGAUUCGGACAUAUUAAUACGACGAUAUAACGAAACUCCUUAUGUAAUAGAAAAGAAAUAGCUUAGAUAGGAAUCUAAUUUCUCUGGAAAGCGAACUGUUCUCUGUUGCUGAUAAGUCGCAUUUUAGCAUUUAGUGACACCAUGAAGUUCUAGAUAAUUAUAGAUAUUCAUUGUUACCGUACGUGCCGUUGAUUAUAUCGAAGAAAAGAUAAUAAAAAGACAUAAAAAAGCGGUCACAAAUGAUAUAGAUGUAUCAAAUUCACUUGCAAAUAAUUGUCCGAAUACUUUGCAGCUCUAUCGAAUAUACUUGUAAUAAUUAAUUAUUGCUAAAAGAAAAAAAAUAGAGAGAACUAUCGAUAUCGAUAUAUAUAUAUAUAU